AUGCAUCCGGUUUCGAUUCUCACAGUCUUCAUCUUCUUGGCCGGAUACAUCAGUGCACGGUGGGAUCUCUUCCAGCAGCUCAUAGAAUUGAGCGUAUUCGCUUGGGAUCAUUCGGUCAUUACCCGCGCCGCUAAAGGAUUCGCUGUUCUGUCAAUCUUUUUCGUUCUGAUCCUCAUUCCUAUCGAGCGCAUCGCCGCGCGCGAGGCCGAGCUUCAUCCACGCACGAAAGAAACCGGAAUCUCCGCGCGAGAACAACUGCGACGACGCGGCUCGUUCUAG